UGGUUUCUUUUCUCCCCUCGUCCACCGGCCCUCCUCCCGUUUCCGCGUGCUACUGUGCUUGUCUCACUAGUCCGUGCAAGAGCAUCAUUUGAUCCCUCAUUGUAGUUGAUUACUUUCUAGUUAAUUGAUCAUUGCACUGCGCUGCGCAUGGAUUGCGGCGGUGAUUGCCUCUGCUUUCCAGGAGGAAAAAGUCGAUUGCUUUUUUCCUUUUCCUGAAUAGACUAAACCCUCACCUGACCUCAUGUGUUUGUAAUAGUUAGACGGUAACCUUUAUCUGUAGUAAGGUUUCUGUUGGCCUUAUGCUCUGGUAGUGCAACUGUGCAAGGACUGAGAUGAGCAAUGGAUUUCAUUGAUGUGCCAUGCCAUGCUGCUUCACUUCACUGCACUGGCCUAACAGUAACAGUUUGGCGGCUUGCCCUGGUCAACUGUCAGAGGCUUGGCUUGUUGUCACUGAUCACUGGACAACAUAUGCAUGUCCCCAGCCAGGGUACCGGAGAUCAUCACGGUGGUAGGUCCAUACCUUCAUGAUGGCAGAAGAGGGGCCUAGGGUUGGGCAUGCGCAACCCAACUUAUAUCAUGGUCGCGCAGGCGCAGAUGUGAACAGCAUGCAACCUUCUCGAGUUACUGACUUUGGGGCACUUGCACAGUCUGCUGGAUUCCGAAUAGAAGAUCUUGCUAACCUUAAUGCAAAUGCCUUGUUCAAUCUGAAGCCAAAUUCUCAUACGAUUGACAACAGUCCUCUUCAGUUUGGAAAUUACGGAAAGUCUAUUUCUCCUCAUAUAAAUACUACAGAAGCAACAACAGCUGCAACAAGAAUUGACCCUCAGCUGUCAGCACAGCAAACAGGAGCACAACCAAUUCUGGUGGCGUUACCAACUGGUAACAUGGAGAAUUGGGGAGAGUCAGCUAUGGCUGGUAGCCCUAUGACUGACACAUCUACAGAUCCAGACACUGAUGAGAGGAACCAGAUGUUUGAACAAGGACUUGUUGCUGUCCCCACAGCAUCUGAUUCUAGCGACAAAUCAAGGGACAAACUAGAUCAGAAGACACUUCGGCGUCUUGCCCAAAAUCGUGAAGCUGCCAGGAAAAGCCGAUUACGAAAAAAGGCAUACAUCCAAAACCUUGAGAGUAGCAGACUGAAACUUACUCAGUUAGAGCAAGAGCUUCAGCGGGCUCGUCAACAGGGUAUUUUUAUUUCGACAUCAGGAGAUCAACCUCAAUCAACAAGUGGAAAUGGAGCUUUGGCAUUUGACAUGGAGUAUGCACGCUGGUUGGAGGAGCACAAUAAACAUGUAAAUGAGUUGAGGGCUGCAGUCAAUGCACAUGCUGGUGAUAAUGAUCUUCGUUGUAUUGUUGAUAGCAUUAUGGUACAUUACGACGAAAUUUUCAAGCUCAAGGGUGUGGCAGCUAAAGCAGAUGUUUUUCAUGUGCUGUCUGGGAUGUGGAAGACCCCUGCUGAGAGAUGUUUCAUGUGGUUAGGUGGCUUCCGAUCAUCUGAGCUUCUUAAGUUACUGGCAGGUCACCUAGAGCCUCUUACUGAUCAGCAGCUUGUUGGUAUAUCCAACCUGCAGCAGUCCUCCCAACAAGCUGAAGAUGCUCUUUCUCAAGGGAUGGAAGCAUUGCAACAGUCGCUUGCAGAAACUCUAGCAUCUGGAUCCUUGGGCCCUGCUGGACCUUCUGGCAAUGUUGCAAAUUACAUGGGACAAAUGGCGAUGGCUAUGGGAAAACUUGGCACUCUUGAGAACUUUCUACGACAGGCUGAUAAUCUACGGCUGCAAACACUUCAACAAAUGCAACGCAUCUUAACUACCCGACAAUCAGCACGAGCCCUACUCGCAAUAAGUGACUACUUCUCUCGGCUGCGUGCUUUGAGUUCUCUUUGGCUUGCCCGUCCAAGGGAAUAAAUUCAAUUAAUUCAUAACUAGGAUAAUUUUUUUUUGUACUGUUUCUAGUAUGCCCAUUAGUUUCUUCAGAAUGCUCAUGUGUCAGUGAGAUAUUUGGAUCAUAUUGUAGGCCAUCAUGGUUUACUGGACAAGUUUGUAACAAUUUUGGAGGAAAAAAACUGAGUUGUAAAUACAUCUGGAAUAAUCUAAGAUCUUAUGAAGGGAUGAUAUGGGAGGAUAUGAUGGACGAACAAACCAGUGCAACAUCACUCGGGUGAUGCGGCGUGAUUAUAUCCAAACUAAACAGUUGAAUAUCUGUUUGCAGAGUUACGUUCUUCCAAAGGAAUCACAGUACUGCGUAGGUCAUCCUUCAUGAACAAUCAGGAAUCAUGCUCCUCGAGCAUGUAUUGGGGAUAACUCAUGAUGAAUAUGAAGGAUUUAACAAUACAUUGCAAUUGAUAAAUGUGAUAGUAUGAUUUAUUGGAAUAGCAAUUUGCUAGUUGCACAAAGUGGCCAGUAAAUUUUCUGACUCACAAAUGUGUUUGAUGUACAUAGGCAAAAUUUGAAGUGGCCAGUAAAUUUUCUGACUCACAAAUGCAUUUGCCUAUUCUGAAUCUGAUCUUAAAUAAAGUGUUCUGUAUAGGCAAUACAAAUAAUCAGACGAGGGACUACUGCCAGGUCAAUAUCAUCGGAGGGAAGCUCUGUAGGAGGCAUCGAACUUCUCAAUCUCAUCAAAACAUGCCGGAAGGUGGCAGCAUGACGUAUCUUCCUGCACCAAGAGCAAUGUUCAGAACGCCAUCCUCCCAUACUACUCGGCCCCUUGAGAUCGUGAUCUCCACCAUUCCCUGCACGAACGAAAUGAACAUUAGUACAUGAUGCACCGAGAAGUUGCAAGUUCCACAUUAAGGGCAUAUUUAGUUUGUUGCUAACUAUGUCACAUUUUGCUUAAGGUUAGUCGUUCGAAUUGAAGAACUAAAUUUAGUCACAAAAGUGUGGUAAAUUAGCCAGCGAACCAAAUAUGCUCUAAAUACUGCUGA